GCCAAAAAGUUUUUGUAAAAACAACAAGAAAUUUUUUACAGUGUACAUGAUUGCUCAACCUAUCCAGACUCUGCAUCACGUAAGGAGAUACAGCUACACAAUAACUGAGUGGUAACUAAAGUAGGAGGGAACAUUACACAUAGUACAUGUGAUAAUGAAGACGCAAAAAGAAAAAAAAAAUUCUGGGAACUCUUGUUGCCUCAGAAAGCUGGCUGCGUCAUUUCCUUCCAAUGACAAAUGUGCGGUUUCAGUCUUUAAAAACUUUUCAGAGUUGUGAUCAUGACCAGUUUGAAACUUGGUCUGUGAACGGAGAAUGAACUGUCAUGUUAGGAACAUGGUCUGCCUAUCUCAGAGAUCACAAGCAAAAUUCAGAAUAAUCAUCCUUAUCCUCAUCUUGAUUGCUGUUGAGUUAGUGCAUCCAACAAUGCCAUGCAAGCAUGAGAACUGCAGCAAAGUUCUUCACCGUAGUCUGAAGCUCACCAAGUCGAUGGCCAAAAGGUCAGCAGAGAUCUUAGAAACAUAUAAAACCAGUCAAGGAGAUUCUGCGGACCUGAUCUGUGAUAUGCAAAUGGACAAUGUUCCAGUAUCAACCAUCUCUGGCCAGACCAUGUCAGAGCGCAUCUUGAGUGUUUAUACCCACCUGAAAGAGUUUCUUCCGCACAUGAAGACAGUGAUGGAGCAGCAGAAAGACUUAAAUCCUCCAACAAACCUUGUGGUGGAGGGGCUUCACAGUAUGAUUACACAUGUUCACCACAUCGCUCUGAGGGUGAACUGUAUCUUACAAAUCCUGCAGCCAAAUAUACCCAUUCCUGAGCCAGCUGAAAGGCCAACGGGAAUUCCCCCCGCGCAAAAUAUUUUCCAGCAGAAAGCCUAUGGAUGCAUUGUUCUAUCUCGUCUUCAGGAGCUCCUUAGCCAAGCAGUUCAAGAACAGAAGUCUCUUAAGGGAAAAUUGUGCAGAAAGAGGAACAAAGAUCAGUUCUUGAUGAACUGAUGUUCUGUAGCAUAAAACAAUAUUGACGUAAUUUAUUCAUAUUUAUUUUUGUACAUCUUAACUGUUGAAGAGAUACCCAGAAUAUGUUUUGUUGAAAUAUUUAUUGAUAUAAUUUAUUUUUGUCCUAACUGCCAUAUCAAUAUACUGUAUGUAUGUAAGUUAUUAAAAAAAAAAUCUUAAAAGGACAAGAGUGGAUAAUGUUAUUUGGCUGUCAUAGACUGUUGUGGUUCCUUGAUUUAUUUGACAGUAAAAAUAUUUCAAUUUGAUUUAGUUAUAAAGCAACAGCCGGCAUCAAAACUGUAAGCAGAAUGACUACGUGUUGGGUUUUGACCUGCAAGAAAGAAGGCUCAGAACCACUUUAGUUACUCAGGAUUUCCUAACAACACUCUAUGAUGUUAUAUAUGUCGUCACUUGUAAUUGUUUUGAUUACAAAGAAAUUUGCAGUGAUUAAAUGUGACGUCACAUGUUAGCCAUAUUGGCUUUUGUGGUCAAUACAAACGUCUAUAGCAUGAUCUAAAUAAACUAGUAAAAUGUAUAUGUCUGAGACGUCGCCUUCAGUUGAGACCAUUUUAGAAGAUAGGAAGUGCAAGAGACUGAUAUCAGCCCUUAAUGACGCAUUCAUUUCACCACAUCAGAAAGGGGGAAAAACUGGCUAGCCGUCUACUCUGUCACAAGGUAUGAAUGUGUGUGUGUGUGAGUGUGUGUGUAUGUGAAUCUCAAACCAUUCCCCUUAUAA